UCCUCAUCGAGUAGAUAUGAAAUGCGGUCUCUCAAAUACAAAAACGAAGCCAGGCUUGACUCCAACAGAGUUCUGGCAGCAUGGCGUCAAUGAUUGUCCUUCUCGUAGGCACAAGCCUUGCAGCCUUUCUCGUCACUCGACUAUUGCAGGGGAUCUACAAUCUCACCGCCCACCCCUUGGCUCAAUUCCCUGGACCUCGCAUCGCAGCUGCUUCCGAGUGGUACAAGACAUGGCAAGAAGUGUUUCUGAGUCGCUCGUGGAUCGAUGUUUUAUACGAGCUACAUGACAAGUACGGCGAGGUGGUGAGAGUUGGGCCGAACGAGCUGCACUUCUCGAAUCCCUCGGCGUUCACGGACAUCUACAACAACAGCAACCGCUGGGACAAGGAAGGCAAGCUGUACCGCUGCUUCGGCGAGGACCGGUCGUCUUUCGGGUACCUGACGUACCGCGAGGCGAAGCAGCGCAAGGAUGUCAUGGCGCCGUUGUUCUCCAAACGAGCCACCAUUGAUUUGCAAGACCUGGUGCACAAGAAUCUUGACAGGCUUUGCAAGGCACUGGCUGCCAGAGACGCCGCAGGGAAGUCCUCGGAUAUGAUCUUUGGGCUCCGCUGCUUCACCCUCGACACCAUCACGCAGUUCUGCUUUGCCAAAGACGUGGAAGCUACUUCUGCGCCGGACUUCCAGGCUCCGAUUGUGGUUGCUAUGGACGCCUCUCUCGCGCCCUUUGUCGUGUUUCGCAACUUCGAACUCGUACGGAAAAUCGUCUUCUCCCUGCCUGGCUGGUUUACCAAGAUGACUACGCCGCCAAUGGCGGGACUGGUGGAUUUGCAGGAGAUGCUAGGGGCACAGGUGAAGGAAGUUGUGCGGAACCCAUCUUCACUAGACAAUGCUCCGCACGCGAUUGUAUACCAUCGACUUUUGGACCCGGAGCUGAACCAGGCUACUGGGGUGCCGGUACCUGGAAGUUUGUACGAAGAGGCACAGGGAUUACUAUUUGGCGGCGCGGACUCUGCAGCCAACACGCUGGCCGCCGGAACGCUUCAACUACUCAGCAAUCCCAGCCAAUAUAAGCGCUUAAAGGACGAGAUCAUCGCCGCUUGGCCCUCGCUCCACACCUUCCCCAAGUGGGAGGAGUUGGAGAAGCUGCCAUAUCUCACGGCUGUCAUUCAAGAAUCCUUGCGAACGGCGCCAGGAGUUCCCGGACCACUGCUUCGAGUCGUCCCUCCCAGCGGUGCAAGAAUCGGCAACGCCACCGUUCCAGGCGGCACUACUGUGGGAAUGACGACGCUCUUUGUCCACCGAUCCAGCGAAAUCUUCACCAAACCCAACGACUUUGACCCGGAGCGCUGGCUGGGCGCCGAUUCCUACAAGCUGGAAAAGUGGAUCGUCGCCUUCUCCAAAGGACCGAGAAGUUGUCUCGGGCAGAAUCUAGCGAUGUGCGAGUUGUACCUGGGCUUUGCGCAUCUGUUUCGCCGCUUUGAUUUGCGGCUUGAAGGCACGCGGGGCCCGGAGAUGCCGUGGAAGGAGGCAUUUCUGCCGUUCUUUGCUCCGGAUAAGCAUUUGAGGUUGUAUUGCAAGCCUGUGGAACAGUAGAUCGGGCUGCAAGAUGUUUGCAAUGGUAUAGAAAGAAUACGUGAUGUUCACUCUCCG